AAAACAAACUAGUACUACACGAUAUAAAAGUUACAUUAUAUUUCAGUACAGUCUCAACCAACUUUAGUUGACGUGACUGUACCGACAAGGACAAAAGCCCAUCCAUUGAAUCUCUCUCUCUCGGCGACGCUAAGUUCGGCUUCCAGUUUUAUUAUAUUUCAGUGCCUAUAACUCAAAAAUUCGACCAUUUACCAUGGAGAGUUGGAGACCUCGGGUGCAUUCCUUUAAUAAAAAAUUUUUUUUCGCUCUGCAAUUUCGCCCUGUAAUACUGACUAAAAACUAGAAACAGAAACAACGACAAAAGUGAUAGAAUCCUCUAUGUAAUUCUCCAGACUUUGAACAUUUACGAUAAUAUCCUGUACAACCUAUGUUACAAUAACAAGCAAUUACAACAAGUAAAUUCUCUUUUUAUUUCAGUUUGACAUAAAUAUUGAACAGUAAUUUUUCCAAUAAUUGAAAGCCAAAAAAAAUAAUGUCAUGUGCUAGUACUGCCACUACAAGAAACAGCUUUUUCCUAUAAAAUUUUGGUCGGUAUUACAAGGCGAAAUUGCAGAGCGGAAAAAAAAUUUUUAUUAAAGGAAUGCACCCCUCCAUGCCAUUUACCCAACACUGACUAAAACCUAUCACUGCCGUCCAGUGGCACCAUCUUUUACUAUGUUAGUAUGUUUUUACUACAUUUUUUUUGUGUAAACGAUGUUUUAUAUAGAUUUUGGAUUUGACUGGAUUUGACUGGAUUUGACGUAAUUUCUUAAAUUAAAUGUUCAAUGACAGUUAACACCCGUUAAAUCACUUUAAAAGCACGGCAAUUGAGUUCGAAAAGACAUCUUUAAAUGAAUCAUGAAUAUCAAUAUUUGUUUGUCAUAAACUGACAGAUAUCAAGUUAAAAAAUUUAUCCUUUAAUGAUUUCGGAUAUUAUUGUUAAAGUGGUAGAAUAAUUUAUUUGAAUGCCGCUUUACUUGAGAACCUUCAACAAUUCGAUUGCUAAAAUGGAAGAAUAUACACCUGGUUCAGAUGUAUCCGUUGUUGAUGUUUAUGAUAUUGCAUCAGAAAUUGGUAAAGAAUGUGAAAAAAUGAUUGAUACAUUUGGUGCUGAAGCCGUAACUGGUCUUAUGCCCAAAGUUAUCAGUGCACUUGAGCUUUUGGAAAAUUUAGCAACAAGAAAAGAACGAGAAGUUACAACCGUUCAAGAAUUAACAUCGAGAAUAUCACAAUUGGAAAAUGAUAAAAUUGGUAAAGCUGAAGAUAGACAAAGAUUUGAAAAGGAAGUUGAACAAACUGAGGAAUACUGGAGGCAAGAAUCCCGAGAUCUAGUUGGCAUGGUAACACGUCUACAAGACGAAAAUCGUCGAUUGGCUCACGCACUCCAAGAAUCACGAAAUGACAGUCAGGACAGCGCUUUUACUGCAAGUCAGGAAGUUGACGUUGGAGUUUUGCAGCGUCUCAGAGGAUUGAUAGAUCAGCAACGUGAUCAAAUUCGUGCAAGAGACAGAGAACUUUCCCAAAAAAACUUAGAGAUUGAAAAUUUAACAGCUCAAGUUGAAAAAUUGACAUCAGUAGGUCGAGAGUUGAAGCGUAAACAACGUCAAGCUCAAAUGCAAUCUCGUGGCUUAGUUGAAGAACGUGCUGAUUUUCUAGCUCAAUUGCAGGAUCAAAAUCGUGAAUUAAUAAAUUUACGUGCACGUCUUGGUUUAGCACGCAAAGAAAAUGAAGAUUUAACAAAAUCUCAAGGUUGUCCUGAUUUAACAAACAAAGUAAUUUACGAUUUGGAUGAUCCUGACAGACCGCGCUUUACCACCGCUGAGCUUAAAGAAAUAUUACAUGAAAGAAACGAACUGAAAGCUAGAGUAUCUGAUCUCGAAGAUGAACUUGAUCUUUACAGACCAAAACCAGAAACACCUGAAGAUGAAAGAGAUGGUCCAGUUCAAGGCCCGCUCCCUUAUGAGCCAGAUGAUGCUCCUUGGAAAAAAUCAUCUGAAUCUGGCAUUCGCAAAUUCUUCCGAAAAAUAUUUUCUGAGACGAGUGGAAGUUUUCUCGGUGGUAGCAGUCCAAGAAGAAGUCUUUCUAGUCUAUCCAAAAUGGCUCUCUCUGGCAACGGCGCAACUGAUACAUCAAUAUAAUUCACUCAAAUUAUACUAAAAUGCAGUCUCGUGAUUUAUUGUUUUUCAUUUCAAAUAUCAUUAAAAAAAAAAUAAAUAAAUUAUACCGUAUAUCUUGUUGCCAAAAGUAAAUUUAUGAUUAUUGUCAUCAGAUUUUUAAUCAAUAUCAAGUUGCAAUAGAUAUUCGAGAUUAAUAUUCACAAAUGAAUUUGUUUUUGUGUUAUCAUUAGUAAUUUUUUUUUUUUUUUCAUAUAAGUACACAUUUAUAAAAUUGAAGAAAAUCAAUAUACUUUCAAGUUAUUUAAAUCAUGAUAUUCUCAAAAAGUAUUGUUAUUCGACAAGCCUUUUAUUUUAAAAUAUAGAUGAAAUUAUCAAAAAAAAAAAAAAAAAAUAAUAAUUUUAAAAAUUUCUACAAAUACGCUCAUUUCUUAAAAACUUUUAUUUGAUUUUAUAAUACAUCUCAAAUUUAGAACAUAGUUGAACUUAUUCAUUAUUCCGAAGAACAAAAAUAUUCAAAAUAACAUUAAUGAAAAAAACUCACACAUAAUUCAAAAUUUAAAAAUACUAAAGAAAAUUUUAUAUUGAAAAGUCGAUGUAGUCGAGUUUAGUAAAUGUAAAGAACAGAAAAUUGAACAGAUUAUUCUUUCAUUAAGAAUUAUAAUAAAUUAUGCACGUCGGUAGAUCAGAACAAAAAAAAUUACACUGUAUUUUAUCAAAAAUCAGUUACAUUAAUUUACAUUUGAUAUAUCGCAAUAAAAAAAUCAUACUAAUAAUAAAGUGAAGACAAAAAAAGGCAUUCCCAAAAAAAAAAAAUAGAAAAAAAUAUAAUCCAUUUGCCACUUUGUAUAUAACAUAAUAAAAUUCAAAUAAAAUAAAUUUAUCAGAAGAAAAAAAAAAA